AUCAAAAUGCAAAGUAGGAUAGACAGCGACUCUGAACCAGAAAAAGAAGUUAUGGAUUCCACCAUCAUGUCCAGAAAAUCCCUUUACAAAUCAGGGGUCCCUCAGCUGGAGAUCCCAUUUGCAGUACAGAAUGUCAUCUCUAGGAUUGAGCAAGCACAGCUUCAUCGAGCCAGAGAGGCCAUUAACAUGCAGCUGGCUGACAUAAUGCUUAAUGUACAGCGGAUAAUAAAUCGCUACACUCUUGAUGAGAAUGUGCACUCUCGAAGAAAAAUAUCCAUUACAGAAUAUAAGAAACGGAGAGUAAAUUUCAUGGAAAAAAUAGUUACUUGUGCUAAGAAUGUUGAAAUUACAGAAAAGACUCUUGUGUACAUACUGGCCUGGUUGGAAGAAUGGAAUGCAAUUUUGUCUGAGAUGACUGCAAUUGAUAUUGAGGAACACCACCACUGGAUAGCACAAAUGGAGCUUUUACCAGAAAUGUUCAAAGCUAUUGAGAACAAUGUCAAGUUACUGUGUAGAAUUAGUGUAUUUUUGUUUGAAGAAAAGAAGAGACAAAGGAAAAAAACAACAUCUAGAAGUACUCUAUGGAAAUCUUGGAAAGAAAGAGUUAUAAAGCGACCUGCAACAGCUCAUGCUUUAAGACCAGAUCAGAUGAUCAGUGAUGAAUUUGCAACAAAUACAAAGGUUUCAGAAAUCCAAGAUAUGCUACAGGAACUCAUAAACACUAUGAUGUUCAAUAAAUUGGAAAACAAUGCUAUUAAAUAUAUAUCAUCAACAAUAAUAAACCUUUCCAAGGCUUUGGGUAUAAUAAAUGAUGAACUAAAAAUUUUUAAACUUCAGAGUGCCAAUAUGUAUAUAAGUGAGACAAGUGAAAAAGAAAAAGAGCUCUCCCUGAAGAUAAUGCGAGAGCUCAGUGAAAAAAAUGAAAUGCUUCAGCAGAAACUUCAAGAAGCAGAAGAAAAAUAUGAACAAUUUAUUCGGUCCAAAAUUGUUGUAGAACCCCAAGUAGGUACAGCAUUACCCACAUCAACCUUGAAAGUGUUGCCUGAGCUUUCUUCACAAUCAUCCACUAGCAAAGCUGACAUAGAAGACAAUAUGGAUGAUAUUUUGGUUAAAGAACUUGAAGAUAUUACAGAUGAGGCCCAAACAAAAGGGACCAAAGGCUUGGGGAUCAAGUGGGACUCAACUAUUUCACAUAGAGCGCCAGCUGAAAUGACUCCAGAUUUAACUGAAGAGCAAUAUCCUUCACUUAAAAAAAAGCAAAGAGGGUUUUCUGAAGGUAUCACUGAAGAUAAGAUAUCACAGAAGAAAGGUGAUGUCUAUAGGAAAGAUGGGACUGACCAGUAUCAAUCACAGGAAAAAAAGCGAACUAAAGGCCCAUAUAUGCAUGAGACUUCUGGAUUUAAUGUGAGUGAUGAUAAAGGUAAAGAAAAAGACUCAGAGACCAAACUUGAUUACCAUUUGGAGCUACAGUCACUGGAAAAAAAGAGAAAAGAAAUAAAAUCCUUUUCUGAGGACAAAUCAAAGUCAUUCACUGAAUCAAGAAAAUCAAGAAGUGAUCAUGUCCCUGCUGAUUACCCUUCUACUGACACAAAAAGCCAAAUUGGCAGAAAUGGAACAAGUGGUUUAUGGGAACAAUUCAAGAAGCUCAAACCUGAGUAUUCGCAUUACAAAAGCCAGAUUUCUUCAGAGAGUAAAGAGGAAUCUAUCACUGAGUCAAUGGACAAAGAGAGUAAAAGUGAGACGAGCAGCCAAGCAGAGCAAUUUGGAUUUACCCAACUUGGUUAUUCCUCUGAGAAAGUGAAAACAAAAGGAAAGAAACACCAUGUCUCUCCAGGAACCACCACAAGCAAAGAAGGAAAACUUGAAGAGGACAUAUUAGUCACCAAGAAAGUCAAGUCUCAUAGACCUGUGAAGCCCAAAUCUAGGGUAACAGAAGAGACUUCAGAAUCUACCAGAGUUCUACGAAGUCUAGAUGGCAGAAGUGAAGAGAGUAACCUAGAAGAAUUUCAAAAAGCUGUAAUGGCUUUCCUAAAAGAGAAAAUUGAUAACGUAGGAAAGCCUUUGGAUAAAAAGACUGUGCCAAAAGAGGAAUUAUUAAAAACACCAGAGGCUGAAAAAUUAGGAAUCAUAAAGGAAAAAAUAGAGGAAUAUUUCCAAAACGUAGGUGAAACUGUGACAAAAACCUUGAGGAAGUACAAAGAUAUAAAAAGUGCAGGACAGGCUGGAGAGAAAUCUUUGAAACAAAAAAAAGUCUCAUUUAUGCCAGGAUUGCAUUUUCAGAAGCCCACUAGUGCAAAGUCUGAAAUUAGCACCUUACUGUCAUCUAAGAGCAAGGAUCCACUAACUGACAAUUUAAUACAGACGAUCUUGGCUGAACUAGAAGGGAAAAGAGAUGCUCUAGUGCCCUCAACGGUAGGGAGAGAUGGCAAGGAAAGGCAAAAACAAAGGCGGGAGGAACAUUUGCAAGAAGGUCCAGAAAAAAUAGUUGGUAAACGUCUCAAACACCAAUUGCAAGAAGGGAGUUUCUGGAAUAAACUGCAGGAGGAAGAGCCAUGGCUCCAGAGGAAGGGAGGAAAGCAAGGACAACGGAAGCAGAAACAGUGGCAGAAAAUGUGGAAGGAACAGCAAAAACAGAGGAUGCAAAAGCAGACUGAGCAAGAUGAGGAGCAAACGCAAAGAGAAGAGGAAGAUUAUCAGAAGCCAAAACAGCAGCAGCUGGAAGCAUGGGAUAAAAAAAUGGAAAAACAAGUGGUGCCCUUGGAGAAGGAGAAGGGACAGCAGAAGAGGGAUGCUCAGAAGGAAGUGAGAUAUCAGGAGCUGGAAAUAAAUUGGGAGAAAGAGGAGAAGCAGGAGCCAUGGAGAAAUGUAGAGGACCAUGAAAGACAGAGACAGAAAGAAACAAAGGAUCAGAUGAAGAUUAAGAUAAACUCUGAGGCCCAAGCACAGGGGAUCACACUCACACCUCCACAGGCCCAGGCAUUGGGGAUCACACUCACCCCCGAACAGGCCCAAGCACAGGGGAUCACUCUCACUCCCCAGCAGGCCCAGGCACUGGGGAUGACUCUCACCCCUGAGCAGGUCCAGGCACAGGGGAUCACACUCACACCUCCACAGGCCCAUCCAUUGGGGAUCACACUCACACCUCCACAGGCCCAGGCACUGGGAAUCACACUCACACCUCCACAGGCCCAGGCAUUGGGGAUCACGCUCACCCCCGAACAGGCCCAAGCACAGGGGAUCACUCUCACUCCCCAGCAGGCCCAGGCACUGGGGAUGACUCUCAACCCCCAGCAGGCCCAGGUACUAGGGAUUACUCUCACCCCUGAGCAGGCCCAAGCCCAGGGGAUCACUCUCACCCCUCAGCAAGCCCAGGCACUAGGGAUCCCUCUCACACUCCAGCAGGCCCAGGCACAGGGGAUCACUCUCACACCCCAGCUGGCUGAGGCACUAGGGAUGGCUCUCACCCCUGAACAGGCCCAGGCACUGGGGAUGACACACGACUUCCUGCAAGCCCAGGGACUAGGGGCCACACUCAUUCCGGAGCAGGCCCAGGCACAAGGGAUGACUCUCACCCCCCCGCAGGCCCAGGCACCAGGGAUCACCCUCACUCCUGAACAGGCCCAGGCCCUGGGGAUCACUCUCACCCCACAGCAAGCCCAGGCACUAGGGAUCCCUCUCACCCCUCAGCAGGCCCAGGCAGAGGGGAUGACUUUCACUCCUCAACAGGCCCAGGCACUGGGGAUCACUCUCACCCCUCAGCAGGCCCAGACACUGGGGAUGACACUUACCCCUGAGCAGGCCCAGGCACAGGAGAUUACUCUUACCCUUCAACAGGCCCUGGCCCUGGGGAUCACUUUUACACCUGAGCAGGCCCAGGAAGAGGAGAUCACUCUCACUCUUCAGCAGGCCCAGGCACUGGGGAUCACUCUCACCCCUGAGCAGGCCCAGGCACAGGCGAUCACUCUCACCCCUGAGCAGGCCCAGGCCCUGGGGCUCACUCUCAUCCCUCAACAGAUCCAGGCAAAUGGCAUCACUCUUACCCCUGACCACUUCAAAGCACUGGCGGUUACCCUCACUCCUGAGAAAUGCCAGAGCUUGGGUUUCACACUCACUCCUGGGAAACUUCAGGGAUGGGGGUCUCCUUUCACUGUAGCACAGUCCUGGGAAUCGGGGGUCUCUAUUACUCCAGAAAGUCCCUGGUUGUCAGCUGUCCCUUGUACCCCUGAACAAACCCAAGGUUUAGGUGCCCCUCUCUCCUUAGAACAGGCUCAAGCAUUAGGGGUUUCUUUCUCUCCAGAACACUUCCGGAAAUCUGGGGUCCCUCUCACCUCAGAUAAAUUCCGUGCUAUAGAAUCUCCCCUUGAGCAAGUGCAAACUUUGGGAGCUCCCUUCAUCCCAGGACAAUCCCAACCCAUGGGUAUUACUCUCAUGUCUGAGGAGGACCAACAAUCAAGGGAACAGCCCUCACCACUUGGGCCCCAACCUCCUUUAGAACAUACCCUGAAAGUUGGGAUCAUUCCUGUUACUGAUAAACCCAUUACACCAGGUGGUCCUCACAUUUCUAAGCAGUUCCCCACAUUGGCUCCUUCCGGUCUUAGAUCUUUUCAAAGAUUGAAGGCUUCUGUCCUCCCUGGGAAAUCCUUUACAUCAAGUCCUAGGCAGGCCCCAGCAUCUGCUCCUAUUGCGGAGAAGUCCUCUGUAUUUGAGGUGUCUCCUACUCCUUUGCAGGUAUCAGGGUCUCCUCUUUCCCAAGCCCCUGGGAAAUUGCUAGGAAUGAGAAUUCCUUCUGACCUUGAGAAGCUCCUGGUACCACAGACUUUUCCUUCCUCUAAACAGACCCUGGUUUCUGAAGGUCAAACUAUUCAGUUUGUAGCACCAGAGGACCCUCUGGCCUCUGGGAAGCUUGCACCGGAGACCCUUCUUAGUUCUAGAAAGUUCUUAAGAGACUCUUGGACUCCUCAGCUACCUCUGAUAUCAGAGGCCCCGCUUGCCCCCAGGCAGCCCCUUAUAUCUGGAGUUCCACUCUCCUCCCCGCAGUUUUCUACUCUCUUGGCUCCUCUUUCCCCUAGGAAGCCCUUGGUUCCUGGGACUUCUUCCAUCCUGAAACCUAGACCCUUAACACUUUCUGAGAAGCCCCAGGCAUUCCAGCUCCCUGCCAUCUAUGAGCAAUCUCUCUAUCCACAAGUCCCUUCUACUCUUGAGCAGCAUCAAACUUUCCCACUGGGGAUCCCUCCCACCCCUGGGCAUCCUCCAACACUAUGGACCUCCCUAACCCCUGGAAAGCCCCAGAAAGAUAUGUCCUCUUCUAUAGCUAAGGAAAGUAAGGAAAGAUUGGCAAUUAUUUCUUCUCUGAAAUCUAAAUCAGUCCCUUUUACUGCUAAGAACUUCCAAAUAUCAGGGAUCUCUGACACUUCUAAAGAAUUCCAGACAUGCCAUGAUCCUAUUGCCACAGAACAAUAUAGAACAUUUCAGUCCUAUCUCACCGAUUACAGGACACCAGUAUCACACACCCCUUACGUUGGUGGGAGGGCCCUUCCCCCUCUCGUGAAGUCUCUUUUUACUCAACUGCCCAAAACGUCACAGAUCUCAUCUUCUGAAUGGGACCAGAAAACCCAGUUCCCCCCUAUAGAUAAGUCCUGGAUACUGACUUCAGAUUCAGUUACCAAGAAACCCAAGAUGAUGGUGCCCCCUUCCUCUCCCCAAGAGCUCAAAGAGCAGAGGUAUUUUGUUGAUGUGGAAGCUCAGAGAAAGAACCUGGUACUCUUAAAUCAGGCCACAAAAUCUUCUGGACUCCCUUCACAGCUACACACAACAGCUAGGAAUCUCAUAAUUGAGACACUUCAUACAGACACAGUUCGGCUGGGAUACCUAUUCCGCAAGUACAUUGCUUACAGGCUGAUCCAGCGUGCAAGAAACAACAUAAUCAGACGAUUACAAGCCCUCCGAAACACUGGGAAAGGUUACGAGACCCAGAACCUCUUCAUAAUGCUAAACAGAAUUGAUGACUACCAGAAAAAGAUGAUGCAGGUCUGGACCAACAAACAGAAGUCUUUAGAGCAGAAACGGAAUCAGUGCCUGAGAAAAAUGAUGUUCUUAUUUAGCCAGCUUCAAGAGAUGUAUAAAUUGAAUCUUAGUUGGCCCAUACCUUUGAUCACUGACAAAAAGGAGAUACCUGCCUCUGCCAAAUUUGUUCAGCAGCCAUUCCUAGAGCUGCUAAUAAAAGAAGAUAGAAAGUCUGACACAUUCAAGAAAUUACGACAAGAAGAACAAAUGAGAGCUAUCUGGAACGCUGAUCUGUCAACUUCAAGCUACCCAAUAGCAGAGAAGACAUCAAUACAUUCGCUCUGGGCCCAGCUGGGUGGGUACCCAGAUAUUCCUAUGCUACUCCAGUUAGAUGUUCAGUCUACUUUCAGAAAAUCUCUCGCAUCCAUUAAAUCACAAAAACACAGCCCUAGUGAGGUAAAGCGACUUGAUGAAAGUCAGGCGGUACAGUCAGGGCUCAUUUGUAGCUCUUUCCACUAUACCACACGGCCUCCUCCAAAUAACCCUCUCUGCACAAAACUUACCCCGAAAGCACCAGGAACCUGGUUGGGGACUGACCUACAGUUGAACCUAGGUCAAACUGCCCAGUCGUUACUGAGUCAAACUGCAGAAACUCUGGGUCAGAGUUAA